GACUUAGCUUUACAAGAAGUAAUAUAUACAGCAUCAAAAAUAAGACAUAUGAAUAUUCUUUUUGAUUUUACAUGUAUUUUUCUCCAGUGAAAUGUUUUGAUUUACCUUUACCUGCGUGCUAAUAGUGCAUGAAACACGUUUGGCUGGACUGUGUUGUAAAGGAAGCUGUGGUCUUCAGUCCUCAAUUGCAAAAGUGCGCUUCUGAGAUGCUUACCACAAAAUAACAUUAUGAUUGUACAUGCAAAUCAUAUUGUAACUUAAGAUUUUCAUGGUUAAAUAAAAACUGUCAAUAUGAAAGUUUUUUCAGCUUAUUAAUAUUAGAGCUGUUACAUAAAACACUAACUCCAGAAUUGUGUCAUUAAAGUCCACAGUGUGCACAUUAUUGUGGGAAACUAGCUAUAAAAAAGCUGCAUAAAUAUUUCAUUGUUUUCAAAUAUAUAAUAUGCAUUUGUUAAGGAAGUUAAGAAUCCCUGGGAAGUGAAAUAGGGAAUUUCUGCAGAAAUUGUCAAGGUAGAAGGCAGCGUUAAUAGGAGUCCCUGGAUUCCUGACCACAAGGACCUUAAAACUUGUACUGAAAUGUAUGGUCUGACCACCAACCCGAUCUCUCUAUUCUCUCUGACUAGUUAGAAAGUGAAGCCUUUGAGAGAAUUGUGACUUACUCCAAACUUAACUCACAAAAGGGAUUGUGGUAACGACUGAAAGCUGAUAGAAGUCUGUAUUCAAGCUUUCGAUUUGAUCUUCCUUUGCCUUUAAAUUGAAAUAUCUUUGGAGCUUGUUUAUAAAAGUGUUUGAAGGUUUUUUUAAUGUAUAUUUUUAGAACUGCGUUACGCAAAAUAUUCAAGGAAGGUAAAAUUAGGCAGUUUAUCAUCCUUUCUCCCCGUCCCAGAUGUUUCCUCAAAUAAAUAUAGAUUGCUGAAUGUUUUAGUUUAAAAUAGUGACGUUAUUUAAGAAGAGAAUUUCAUGGGCAAAGCGAAAACACACGUCUCGCUAGCCUCUUGUGCCGGCUUGGGAGUUUGGUUUAGUUAGGUACCAGAUCCGUGAAGCUGGACCGGGUUUUAGAGAAGAGCCGCACCCCGCACACUCACGGGGCUCGGAGCGGAGAACGCUUUGAGGACCAGUUCAGCUGUUUACAGGUGACACCGCUUUUCCCCGGCUGCCAUAGCCGGGAGGCACGGGGGCAUUUCAGCCUGGCUGCAGCAGGAGCGGGUGGUGGACAGCCCGUAAUCAUCCGAACCUUUGCUCUUGUCUUGGCCGUGAAGAUGCCUUGUCGACCGAAGUGCCCAUGAGACUUGUGGAAGGGGCUCCUUGCCCGGCAGAGGAGAUCGCAGCCCGGUCUCUCGCAUCUGAGGAGCCAGUCCCGCUCCCAGCCCUUGGCGGCAAGCGCCGUGAAGACGAGAGGCAGCUGGAGUUUAGACUGGAGAGCAGACACCCAGUCAGCUCAGGAACCCUAGAGAGGCCGGCACCCGGGAGUGGCUGCACGAGCCUGUGCUUCGAAGAUCACACGCGAUUCUCCUGUGCAGAAGGAAAAAGACCAAAUGGCAAAGCAACCUUCUGAUCUAAAUUCAGAGUGCGACAGAGAAGGUGGACAGUUUCAGUCAACUGAAAGGCCAAGUCAACCUCAGCAUCUUAGACCUGGGGCCCCUACCUCUAUACAAACACAGUAUCAAGGUAAUCAUUCAGGUGAGGGGGACUUCGCCCAGCAGCCCUCAGGGAGCUCUUCGCCCAGCAGCCCUCAGGGACCAUUUGCACCACCCACUAGCCCCAGUCCAUUUGCUACCAGAUCCCCACUUUUCAUCUUUGUAAGAAGAUCCUCACUGCUGUCUAGAUCCUCCAGUGGGUAUUUCUCUUUCGACACAGACAGGAGUCCUGCGCCUAUGAGUUGCGACAAGUCCACGCAGACUCCAAGUCCCCCUUGUCAAGCCUUUAAUCAUUAUCUAAGUGCAAUGGGUAAGCAAGAUCAUGCUUCCAGGUGGGAGUCUCCCUCAAUACGUGAAGACAUGCAGCCGGAAAUAUGGAUUGCACAGGAACUGCGGCGUAUUGGAGAUGAGUUUAAUGCUUCCUAUUGCCCAAGAAGGGGUUUCUUGGAUAAUCCAGCAGUAAACCACCAAAUUGUUUUGCGCCUGUUACGUUAUAUCAUCCGCCUCAUUUGGAGACUGCAGUAAUGGCUAUGUACAGAGAGACAUUCUGAGAUUGUCCAGUUGUCACCAGAGUAUCCUUUCCGUACCUUGUGUAUGCAAUUAACAAAUCCUCCUUUUCCUAAAGGACAUGCGGGACAGUAGGACUCCGUGUUUGUACAAAAUAUGCACAGACUGUCUCAUUUUGUCCGUCAGAAAACACGAGGUUUUUUAAAUGGCAAUUCACUGUGAACACGUCACGAUGGAUUUUGGAAAUGGAUAUAUAAAAGCUUUGUGAAGCAGGACUUUAUGUGAGAGUGGUGUUUACGCUGGUUUUUCUUGAACUUUUAAAAGACUGAUUUGGAAAGAAAAUGAUCAAACAUUAUUGAAUGAUUUUCAUACUCCAUUUUCUGGAAACCUGUAGACUGAUCUCUGAUAUAUUCUGCAAUGGAGUUAACUGAGCCAGCUAACUUGCAGAGCUGCCUUAGUUUGUUAUAAAAUAACUAUGUACAGAUGUCCCCCCCAGCACCCCCCCAGCAAGGAGGGGUCAGAUUCAUGCUUUCCCUCCAUUCCUAACUCAUAAAUUGAAGCUAAUUGAAGAAUGGUAGAAGGAUUUGCAUCAGAACUUCAGUUACCCUGCAAAUCUCUACCACCACCCUAAAUUCAACUGUGUGUGUGUGUCACACACAGCAUACUUCCUGCUGACUGAUUUUAAACUGCAGCUAAGUGCAACUGGUGUGCUCCCCCUGAAACGUCCACCUCUUCCACUCUACCAGCAGGAAUCUCAGUUGACCUGAAUUUUCCAGCCUAACGGUGAAAAUAUUAUGCUUCAAAAUCCAUACCAAGUUGCCUUUCUAAAAGUUCUUUAUAUUUAAUGAGUCUGGAUACGUUUGCAUAUUAUAUAACAUAGAAUGUUGAAGGCUGGGGGAUAAUAGAACAAUGAAAUAUUUGUGGGGUAAAAGCGUUCCUGAGACACUGCAAUCUUGGCCAAAGUUGGAGGGUUGCAUAACUUCAGAAACUAUUUUAAAUUUCACUUAAUAUUUUACUGUGACUGUUGAUAAACCCAAUUGGUAUUGCUGGUUUUUUAAUAUGUUGGAUUUUUGCUAGAGCUGGCUUUGUACUUAAGAUCUAUUCUGAGAGAUGCAAGGAACUAACAGACAUUAACAGUGGAACAUGUGGACUGCUGACUGUGUUACAUCCGUCUUGAGGGCAACGUACAAUAUUUGAAUUGUUGUGGUUCAAAAAAUCCCACAAGUGAAUGAAUAAAUAUGCAUUGGAAGCAAAAGUUAGGCCAUUUUGAAAGUUCUAGCAAAACUUCCAUAUAAUCUUUUUAAAUAAUACAAUUUUAAGGGCAGUCACUGUAUUCGUACAUCAGACAUUCUGUGAUUUGUUCAAAGAUUAACCAAAAACAGAACUAAGUUAAAUCAAGAUUCCUAUACUGGAGUGACUUGCUAAGUAGGUUGCAGGAGGCAUCCAGCACAGGAAAAGUUUUAACUUACCUUUUCUUUUAAUUAGAUCUUCUUUCUACAGAACUCCCUUUACCGCUUCUUGGUUCACUGAAGUUAUUCCAGAAGGCAUCAUUCUGUGAAACCACAAAUACCAUGGAUUGCAAGACUUGUAAACUUCUGGUCUUUAGAACAUAACAGAAUGAUGCAUUCUGCAACAACUUCAGUGACUCAAGAAGUGCCAAGAGGACUUCGCAGAAAGAAAAACUUUAUUUUUAAUUUUGAAGUGUGUAUAUUGAAUGCUGCCCCAAGCCUGUUGCAUGGGCACUGUAACCACAAAUCUAGGUUAAAACUGAAUUUUAAUAUUGGUUUUAUAGUCCACCUUUACACCAUGGGAAACUGCAUGACGGGUGCUUUGGGAGCGCACAGUUCCUUCAGAUGGUGUAUUAAUGCAGAAUUUAUCCCAAUCUGGCUUCAGAAUCUGGCUUCCUUUUGUAUGUGAUGCAGAGAGCUUGCAUGAUUCAGUUUUCUAUUUGCUACAGUCUACUUCAAAAUGCCGCAUUUUAUUUCUGGUUUCACCAGCACCAUAGAAAAGUAUGAUACGUUUUCUUCCAAAACAUUGCAAUAUGUUCACCAGCGUAUGCUGAGUGCCAUUGUAUUUUUUUUUUUUUAGUUUUGACAAGUAAAUUUGUACAAUAUGUACUCUAUGCACUGACCACUGGUGCCUCUGGGGCAGGUGGGAGGGUUCCUCUAAACAUGGCUCAAUUCCCCAGUUGCAUUAAUUCACCCCCACAAGCAGUGAAUCCGGAGAACAAAAACACACGUUGGCUCUGUAGGCUAAACCUUUGUCCUAGGAGUUGGCCUCAAUUAUCAAAGCAGUUGGGUUUUUUUGUUUGUUUGUUUUUGUUUUACUUUUGUAGAGCAAUAUUGGUGACUUAAAUUGUAUCUGGAGUUUCAAGCAGAAAUUCAGUAGUGCUGAUGGCAGAUAGUCACUUCCAUGACAGCAUGGUUUUGGAUCAUACCAAAGUACUAGGCGUAAAGUGGAGUGGAGAAUUCAGAACGUCCUACAUGUAGUGAAUUGGGCAGGUAUAAAUGUAUGUUUGGUAAAGAGUUCUCACUGCUACCGGAUGCUGGAAGUGAGAAUAAGACUGGAAGGGCCUAGACACCAUUACUUUUGUUCCAUUUUCAACAUUCCUCACAUGUCAGAGUCACACAGCCAUUAAAUAGCUUAGACAAAAAUCAGAUUUUCCAACACUAGACAUUGCAGUCAUCUUUUGAACAGAAUUGGACCCUAGCCACUUCCUGGAACGACUUUAGAGUUGAUCAGGUGCUUUGAGGUAUAAGAGUCUUGAAACCUCCUCAUAAAGCCACAUUGUCCACUAGUUGUCAUGAUGAACAGAGUAGAGCUAGUUCUGAAAUUUGGAAUUGCGAUAUGCACCUUUCUGAAUGCACCAAAGACAUUUGUGUUUACAGUACCCCCCGCCCCCACCACACACACACACGCACUUCUACAAUUGGUGCAGGCAUGUGCGCACACACGCUUCUACAAGUGGAGCACUUUAUUUCAGUUCUUUUAAAUAUAGUGCCCUUGGGAGAGUUGGCAUCAGUACUACAUAUUUUCUCCCUCUCCAUCCCACCUCUUAAGGCUCUGCUGGCCCAGUGCCUGAAGACUUGGGUGCUUUCUUUGUACAUUUACCUCUAGCAUGGUAGUGCAACAGGUUUGCCACCACACCAUGGCUUCAGACUAGCUUACUGUAAGCGUAAUAAAUGAUUUAAAAAACAAUUCUGUGAAUUAUAUGAACUUAAAGAACAAGAUAUUGGCACCAUGUGACUUGGACUUCUCUGCGCUCUUGUUUAUCAAGAAGUUUCCUGCAGAUGUUUUUACAGUAUGUAUUUUAAAAAAAUAACUCAAACUAAUCCCAUUGUCUUUGAUCAUUUAAAACUGGUUUUGUGCCUUGGCAACCUGUCUGCCCAGGUUAGAUUUGUGGGUGGUUAUUGAAAUUGUUUCUUAAAUCUCAACAUAACAUUAAAAACAGUUAUAAUACUUAGUUAGUUGAGGGAUUUCUUCUAAUUCCAUACAAUCCACACUCUGCCCUGCCAAAACGGCUUUCUGAAGAAUUUUCUUUGGUUGUGGAGAAACCAGAUUCAAAUUUUUCCUACAAAACUUGUAUGAUACUGUAUUAUGCUUUUUCUCCUUCAAUAACUGUAAAUAUUUGAGUAUUUAUUAGAUUAGGGCAUCAUAUUAUUCUUAUCUGAGCCAAAUGUCUGUGUGCAAUGUUUUUUCUUUUCUUACUAUGUCAUGUAAAGUUUUGUACAGCAUAUAAAGUAAAUUACUGUUUUUCUAAGUCUUUUUUAGAAUUGAACUUGGUAAAUACUGUAGAUUCUUUUUUCUGUGUAAUUAAUGCACUCUACUGUUCCAUAAUGCUGUAACUUGUAGAAAUGUUGUAUAUUUAUUUUCUGCUUAUUUAAGUUCCUGUAAAGUUUUUAAUGAAUUUUUACUGGUAUAUAUGGAAUUAGUGAUUGAUCAGUGUAGAGCACUGUCUUCUAAUUCAGUGCAAUCAAUAACGUUUAGUUACUGAGUAAAAGUGCCUAAGUGACUUAGGCUCCUAAGUCCCAUUUUCAAAAGAGGCUGUGGAGUACCUCAGUCAAAGUCCAGGGGACUUGGGUUUCUGUGCGCCUAAAGUCUCUCUUGAAAAUUGUAUCCACAAUUUAAUCCCCCAUUUCGGCCACAUUUAACUUUCUGGACUCAAUGAUUCAGCACCGUAGAUAGAGGCAGAGAGUUGAAGUAAAAUAUGAUAUGGAGAUGCAAACUCGGCCAAACACCAAAGCCACAUCCAGAAUCAAUUUGUAGCUCAAAGCAUUAAUUUGUUACAAAUAACUUUAUUGGUCUAAGCAAAACAUUAUCAUCCCAAGGGGGCCAAGGGCAGCUUAUUCAAACAUAUUAGUAAACUGAAGUGCAGUAUUCUCACUUUUUCAAGACCUGAACAAUGUGCCAAUCCCCCACCUUCUCGUUCUCCACUGCCUUCAGAUUUCACCCUCCCUGUGCUCCUACUGAAUCUGGCUGCCUCACUUCAUUGCUUCAGCCAGUUGCCAGAAUUAAAAAUUAUGCUGUAGAUUUUAGUUCGAUAACUUGAUAGUGCUUCCUGGUAACUCAAUAAUAACCCUCUUUUGGGAUAUUAAACACCUUAUCCUCAGUUUACAUAGUGCAGGACAUGGCUGUUACCUCGUAAACAAGAAGCCCCUGCAAGUUAUUUAUAGAACUACUUUCUACUUGGAUUUUUAGAGUAAACUUUUGCAUCCUGGUUUCAAGACCACUCAUUACUGUAGCAAAGCUCCUUAUCAGGUACAAACAUAGCACUGAUCAUGUACUGAUUAAUCACUAACUUGUUUCAUAGGACCCAGCAUAUGUAGCAUUUUUAUUGCAAUUUCCCUGGCUUACUUGUGGUUUGCACUGAUGAAUUUUUGACAGGGUAAUUGCCACGUUACUUGUGCAAUACUGCUGUACAUAGCUACAGAUCUUUUUUUAAGAUGCAAUCUUUUAUGUUAAUGAAUUUUAUAUAAAUAAAACUUUCAUCUAUU